CAACGUGAACGUGCAAAAGGAAAGCAAGAAGAGCCACGUCAGUCUUGGGAUUACUGGGUGUAGAACUAUCUCGCAAACAACUGCGUUGCAUUAGACGACUUCAGAACGAUGGCAUCGAAUGAUAUUGGUGACUGGUAUCGGGGCAUACCCCAGAUUACUCGGUACUGGUUUACAGGUACCGUUGUUGUGCCGGUCGCUGCAAGAUUGGGACUUCUGAAUCCUUUUUGGCUGCUCUUAUCAUUCGAUCACUUUAUUUACAAGUUUCAAAUAUGGCGACCACUCACAGCUGCAUUAUACUACCCUAUAUCAGGACCACGAGGAUUCCACUAUUUAAUGAAUUUAUAUUUUCUUUACUCCUACUCAUCCCGACUUGAAACAGGUGUGUUUGAUGGCAGACCGGCAGACUAUCUGUUUAUGCUGCUAUUUAACUGGAUUUGCCUUGUUAUAAUUGGGCUUGCUGCUGAGCUGAUGAUUUUGAUGGAUCCUCUGGUCCUGAGUGUUCUGUAUGUCUGGUGUCAGCUCAACAAAGACACAGUUGUGCAAUUCUGGUUUGGAACCAGAUUCAAGGCCAUGUAUCUGCCUUGGGUUCUCUUUGCCUUUAACCUCAUCAUUGGCAGUGGUGGCAUGAUGGAGCUGUUUGGUAUUGUGGUCGGACAUCUGUACUUCUUCCUUAUGUUUAAAUACCCUCAAGACUUUGGUGGAACUCAGCUGCUUGGCGUUCCCACAUUUUUGUAUAAAUAUUUCCCCAAUCGUCAAGGUGGUGUGGCGGGCUUUGGCACAGCACCAUCCAGCAGGCGUCCAGCAAAUAAUGCUGGAGGUGGUCGUCACAACUGGGGCCAGGGCCAGCAACUAGGGGGCAACUAAUAAGGCCUGGGGAGGACUGGUGCAGAUGGUACCCCCUGUGUCUCCAAAAUCAUUGGUGUCUUUUCACUUGCAGCAUGAAACAGCAUAUCUGCUAAGUGAUUAACCUGAAAAUGUUUGUGGCAAAUAGAAAAUUUUUGAAGGAUUGUGGUUUUGGGGUGAGCUGCAAACCCUGGAUGAUGAAGACGGGUUACCCUUGAAAGCAAGGCAGCUUGCAGGAUGUGUGACCAGAAAUCCAGUCCUUCUCUCAGACGGGUUGGGUGGGGGGGGUGUCAGUCACCUGACUUCCACUAGACAGGUGUACAGUCCUGUUGUACAAAGGGUGGCAUGGGGCUCGUGUGAUCCUCCAUCAGCAUUUGAGGGGUAUGUCACUGUGUACAUACUGCAAAUGACUGUGUGCUUUAAACCCAUAAAAGGUGGCGUUCAGCAGCGCAUUUCAGAACAGACCAUGAAAAUAAUUCAUAAUUUAAAAUAGUGUCGUCUUUGAAAAUCCCUCACUAUCUGACAGCAUCUUGUUUGGCACUAAAUUUAUCACUUUCACUUUACCAUCACCUGGAAUUAUGAGGCUUUUGAGGCCAAUGUAUAUAUUGUGUAGUUUGUUUUACUUCUGUGAUGUUGCUCAUUAAGAUGUAGAUUAUCUGUUGUAGCUUAGCACUGCAGAGGGGUAAUGUUCUUGAACAUAUUGGGCUGCAGGAUGCACGUGAAAAUGCAGUAAAAAUUCUUAAUAUUUUAAUUUAAAUUGUCUUGUUAAAAGGAAAAAUAUGGCGAGAGGAACUGUGAGUGAGUGAACUGAAUGGCGUGUGAGUGAAAGAAGGUGGCUGGUGCAUCUGUGUUGUCUGGUAAAGUAUAGCUGUUUUAUGUCCUGUUUCUUUUCAUGACUGCUGUUGUUUUGAGUUGUGAUGAGAAAGAACACAAUUUGAUUUCACAUUUAGCAUUAAGCUGAAACAUUUCUGGAAAAUAUUUUUAAGCAUAAAAUUUUGCUUUAUUUAACCUU